CAUUUCCGCCGCCUUUAUUUUUUUCUUGCAUAACAACAAACAGCUCAGAGCUAAAGUGCGUCGACAUCAAAACCUACAAGACUUUCCUAACUUAUCUACGUUAUUUUUUUCCUUUGUGACUUGGAGUUUGAAGCGAUUCCACGAUGGUCAAGGUGUCUUUCAACUCUGCAUUCUCGCAGAAAGAUGUGAAGAAGGACACGGAAACACUCAUUCCCGACCAGUACAAAGAUGCCGAAGCAGCGGCGGGUCCAGUUAGUCAUCACUCCCGACCAUGGCGUUGGUGCAUGUGUCUGGGUCUGGCCCUUGUGCUGUCAGCAAUGGUUGUCGGCGGAGCCUACCUGUACCGCUACUACGUCUUGGAGGAGGGAGAAGUGUUUGUGUGUGGCGUCAAUUACCGCGAGGAAGACCUCAGCUUGGAGGAAUUGGAGCAGCAGGUGGAGGCAGAGCUGGCAAGUCCUCUACGACAGAUGGAGGAGAGAAUCAGAGUGCUUGAGCGAGAGCAGGUGGCGCUCAUCAACGUGCCCGUGCCCGAAUUCGAAGACAGCGACCCGGCCGACAUUGUGCACGACUUUUACAGGGGACUGACGGCCUACCUGGACCUGAGCCUUAACAAGUGCUACGUCAUUACGCUCAACACGUCUAUUGUCAUGCCUCCUCGGGACUUCCUGGAGCUGCUGGUCAACGUCGAGGCCGGCACAUACCUACCACAGUCGUACCUUGUGCAUGAGGAAAUGAUGGUGACCGAGCGCUUGGAGCACGUGGACCAACUGGGAUACUUUAUCCACAAGUUGUGCCGUGGCAAGGAUACCUUCAAGCUGCAGAGACGUGACAGGAUCCUCGGCAUGCAGAAGCGCGAAGUCCUGGACUGCCGCAAGAUUCGCCACUUUGAGAGCAAGGUUGUGGUGGAGACCACCAUCUGCCAGCUUUAAGUCGGCGGUAGAUGUGCACCUUUGCUGGUUUUUGGUGUUUGUACUUCAUCUUAAGCUGUUGUUUGUCAAGUGGCCAGCAAAAGUGAAAUGUGAUGUGCGGACACCACUUGCCGCGCGCUUUUUCGUUUUUAUUUUUUGGGGAAAAUAUGCACAUAAAGGGAUCAAAUCUGCUGAAUUGUAAUUUCAGUGAUUGUCGUAUUGUUGAUUGGUUGACAUUUAUGAGCACAAGAGGAAUGCAGGGUGAACUUGUUUUUAUUUUUUUAAUCUUCUUGUGCUGUAGCGUUAACAUUUCCUUAAUCAUGAACUGGACACAUUUCUUAUUCUUUUUCCUUCAAACCAUCAAUUUGGGCGGUCAGAAAGGAAAAAGCAGAAUUGUAUUUUUUUUCUGUAUUUCUUUUGUGUGUGUGAAUAACUCUUUUACUAAAAUGUAUUGUGUGUGUAUGUGUUUGUUUAUAUAAUCUUUUGAUUGGUCCAACACAUAAAAUACCACAAA